GUAGCCGUAUAUAGUAAAGUAAAUUGUGAUUUAUUGAAUAGUACACUUCGAUUCAAUCCUUAAGAAUUAAGAAAUUAUAUAAUAUUUGGUGACUGAAUUCUGUGAUCGAACUCGAAGUUGGGAUAUCAUAGAGUCCUAUUGAGGAAAUCGUUAUUAUGUGCCUUCACUGUACAGGAAUUGUGUAUUUUUCAAAUCUGUACCGAACCCCAAAAUUUACAUACGGAGCGUGGGUAUCCACCAUUACAACAAUGCACCUCUGGGUUAGUUUUUUGUUUGACAGAGUUCACAAAACUUCAUAAAACAUCGCUUCAAGUAACCAAAGAUUGUGUUUUUACUGUGAAAAUAUAUACAUUUUAGCAAUAUUAAAAAAUGUUUAACUAGUUAAAUAAUAAUGAAAUGACUCGGAAAGCUCAACCUGAUUGCCUUCACUACUUUUUAUCGGUCCUGCGAUCUGAUAGUCCCAGCUCUUUUCAUGCGGAUGAGCUAACCCGCGUACUUGUGGAAGUAGGAAAUUACGAGAAAUAUGUGGCCGCGGAUACAAUACAAAAUGCCAUACAUGAUGGUAUUCUUAAACCUGCUCACCAAAACAACGCUGGAUCUUCAAGAGUUCCCCGUGUGUUGCGUUUACCGAAUCCAGAAGAAAUAAAAAAGAAUUAUUCACAUGAUUUCUACUGUUUUGAGUGUCAUUUACCCGGCAUGUUAAUACAUUGUCGGCAAUGUCCACGUUCAUUUCACCGCCUCUGCUAUCGUAAGGAUCCUGAUAAACCCAAUUACACCGUGCCUUCUGGAAAAUUUCAAAAGCAUCGGCCGCCAGCAUUCAGUUCAGACACUGAUAAUGAAUCCGACGCAGAGGGUACUGUUCAUGGGUCUACCUCAUUUGAUUACGAGAGCGAUGUACGCGCGUCAUCUUCCUUGCUGCAGCUGGAUCUUGGUUCGAUGAAUAGUUGGUCUCAGCAGCGAUUUAUCGAAGAUGUAACGGUUGAUAGCACAUCAUCACCUCUGCAAGCAGAAAUGAAUAACACGGAAGAUGAUAAUAUGAAUACUACAAGUGCGUCUACAUCUUGCGGUGUUUUGAAUAGCAGGAACAAACUGUAUGGUGAAGAAUUCGAUAGCGAAUCUAAGACCAAAGUAGAAGUUGUUUGCUUGGGAGAAAUACGGCCGCCAACUCGAAAACGUCCACGUACCACUACGUCUAAUGUGUCGUACAAAAGUGAGAUAUGCGUCAAUGAUGAACCUGAAUCAGAUGUGGAGCUUUGUACUUGUUGUCGUCUAUUAAAAACAGCUGAGCUACGACAUCCACCCAACAUGCAGAAAGACGAAUUGAGUUAUUUAAUAGACUUCACAUUUGAACGAAAUCGAUCAUGGGUUUCUAACGAUGUACAAGACUAUAUGGAAGCACUAAAAUUACCUAAGCGAAUGAAAUCGAUUGUCAACAAGUUACUAUUUAAGUUUCCCGAUGUUACUUUGACAAACAUUGCUGCUAAAUUGAAAGGAUUGCGGUAUAAUCUUUUAACAGAAUUUAUCGUUGAUAUACUUGAUUUGCAACAUAAUAUUGGUGUCUUUUUUGGACCUCAUAGCACAGAAAUGGAGGCAACAAAAUGGAUGGUGCGUGAUAUUGCCUACGAUUUAGCAGAGAUACGUCGUUGUCCUGAUUGUUUUCGGCAUUCACAUGAAAAGCACUCAAGUGUCUGGUUUGCCAAACCGUGUGUGCAGCGCCACGAAUUGGUCUUUGCUAAACAUAGUGGAUUUCCUUAUUGGCCGGCAAAAGUAAUACGCCUGCUACCAAACAAUAAAUACGAUGUUCGUUUCUUCGGUGGCAAUCAUUCUCGCGCUCUUGUUGAGUCACGCUUAAUAAAAUCAAUAGACACUGAUAUAAAAUCACUAAAAAUAGGUAGUAAGCCAGCUAUUAAAAAAGCACUGGAGGAGUUACGCAUACAUCAAGUUUUAGCCGCAUAUCCGCCAAGUAUAUUUUCUUUUCAUGCAAGCAAAACAGAAAUGGAGCAAAUUAUAAGAAAUGCUUUGCAAAGGACUGAAAAUCAAUUUAUGGUGAAUUCAAAUAGGGGAAGGAGGCCAAUCGCACGACGGCAAACUAUUUGUAAUGUCGUGCCCAAUUACAGAAUGGAGACGUCGGAAGACCCGAUUUCUUUACUCAGUGUCGAAGCGCCAGUGCUGAGUGACAGCGGAUUCCUGAAUGAAACAGAAACCAGAGCUAGAAAAAGAAGAUCGGAAUAUUCCAAUCCACAGUUACAAAAACGUGUAACACGUUCCACGAACAAUGUAAUAAAUGUAUCAGGUCUUAAAGAGAUUCAAGAUCAACUUGAUGAUACCCUAAAAUUGGUAGCAGCUACUCAAAAGAAAAACGAAAAAUUGAUGGCGAAUAUUGAGAAAUUAAAAGAAUCGAUAAAGAAACAUGAACACGAAAAGAAAAUUCUUAAACGAAAGCAAUGGUGCUAUUGGUGUCUUAAUGAAGCCAUAUAUUUGUGUUGCUUUCGUGCUGCUUAUUGUUCGCAAGUAUGUCAGUCACGUCACUGGAAGGACGGACAUAGUAAAGUGUGUAAAAAUCAAAACGAACAACGACAAGCAACAUCCACAUCAUGAAAUACGCGAUAUAUAUUUAUAUAAAUUAAUUGAGCUCCAUUGUAUACCCAACGGAAUGUAUAUUGCUACAAUUGUUUUACCUAUGUUUGGUUUUGUUAAAAUUCCCUUAAAGGAUAAUGCUAUAUAUUGUUCUAAUAAAAUAUAAUUACCGAUGGUGUCUCGAAGUAAUUCGGAAGACUGUUAGGAUUGGCUUUGU